AUGUCGUUUUUGUUUGGCAGCAAUAAGAACUCAAUCAAACAAGUAAUAUACAACGCACAAGCUCCAAACAAAUCGAAGAGGCAGCUACCAUCAUGGAGCGCUCGAUUACACCUUAUCAUCCAGUUUCCAGUUUUGAACACUUCCGGUAGCGUAGAAGAUCACGUGAUACAACGACAAGCCGAGUACAUUUACAGUCUACAACAAAAUCUUCUGAGUCCACAUGUUGAAGCAGUUCAUAUCCUCUGUGAAAAAGACCAAGACCCUUUUUUCAUAAAAGCGCAGAAUUUGGAACAAGAUUGGAAGCUGGAAUUCAACACCUUAGGUCGACGCAUGCGCUAUAAAGAUGCCCUUGAAUUUGCUUCGAAACAUUUGAUUCGAAAAAACGCAAUGGUUUUGAACGCUGAUUGUUAUGUACAUAGAGGAUUUGAAAGACUGGACGAAAGUAUCUUGAGUAGGAAAACAAUGUACGCCCUUACCAGGCAUGAAAGUGCGGAAAAUAUACGUCUCUGCAAUGCGAGAGAUUUUUGUGGACCAAUGUCCAAAUAUAUUGGAUCUCACGAUGGAUUUCUGUUCAGACUUCUUGCACCAGUUUCCCCACGGUUAUUGGAAAAGAUCGACUAUCGUCCAAACAUUGCAGGCAUUGAGCGAGUUUUGAUUUUCAACUUCAGAAAAUAUGGAGGCUUUAGAGUCAAAAAUCCCUGUAAAAUCCUGCAUAUUGUUCAUCAUCACUGCAGCAGGUUGAGAAACAAGACAGAGAGACAUAUCCAAGGUCAACGAAUUGAUCGCUUUCUUAAUAUAACGGUUGGGCGGCAAGGGAAAGUUGUUAUGGCGCAGUUUUCUGGUUUAUAAGGCGUUUUGGGGGUUUC